AUAUUCCACAAACGGAAAAAGGAAAACGGGCUUUAUGGUAAGAGAAAGAGCAUGUUCUGAGGACUCCUCAUGGUCAGAGAAAAACGCUCUUCACGUGGUUUCUGCCGAUAAAAUCAGUUUUUAUAGUGAUAACCUUUUUAGUUCCGGUUUCUUGGAGCUCAAAAAUCCUCUCCAUUGCUCAUCUGGGCUCUUCAGAGAUUGGUUUUGGUUCCUGUUUCUUGGAGCUAAAAAAAUCCUCCCCAUUGCUCAUUUGGGUUCUUCAGAGAUUGAUUUUGGUUACUGUUUCUUGGAGCUCAAAAAUCUUAUCCGUUGCUCAUCUGGGUUCUUCAGAGAUUGGUUUUGAUUCCUGUUGCUUGGAGCUCAAAAAUCCUCUCCAUUGCUCAUCUGGGUUCUUCAGAGAUUGAUUUUGGUUCCUGUUUCUUGGAGCUUAAAAAUCCUCUCCAUUUUUCAUCUGGGUUCUUCAGAGACUGGUUUUGGUUCCUGUUGCUUGAAGCUCAAAAAUCCUCUCCAUUACUCAUCUGGGUUCUUCAGAGACUCUAGCUCUGCGCAGAUCUGCAAGUAGCUGAGGACAGAACGGAAUUCAGUGUAUAUAAGCACUUUUAAAAGAUGGGUCUUGAAUAUGGGAAGUGCAGGAAUACUUCGAAGAUGGAUUCUUGGAAGACGUUGUUGCUGUUAGCUUAUCAGAGUCUUGGUGUGGUCUACGGGGACUUGAGUAUCUCCCCUCUGUAUGUUUACAAGAGCACAUUUGCAGAAGACAUUCACCAUUCAAAGACAAAUGAAGAGAUUUUUGGUGUGCUUUCUUUUGUCUUCUGGACCUUGACUCUUGUUCCUCUGUUCAAGUAUGUAUUUGUGGUUCUUCGAGCUGAUGACAAUGGAGAAGGUGGCACUUUUGCUCUGUAUUCUUUGAUAUGUAGGCAUGCCAAAGUAAGCCUUCUGCCCAACAGGCAGGUUGCAGAUGAAGCACUGUCUACUUACAAACUAGAAUCUCCUCCAGAGACCAAAAACUAUUCAAGGGUCAAACAUCUGCUUGAGAAGCACAAGUCGUUGCAAACUGCAUUGCUAGUUCUAGUUCUGCUUGGUACUUGUAUGGUAAUUGGAGAUGGAGUGCUCACUCCAGUCAUUUCUGUUUUCUCUGCUGUGUCAGGCCUCGAGUUAUCAAUGUCCAAGGAACACCACCAGUUUGCAGUGGUUCCAAUUACUUGCUUCAUAUUAGUGUGUCUAUUUGCUCUGCAACACUAUGGCACACAUCGAGUUGGGUUCUUUUUCGCUCCAGUUGUAUUGGUUUGGCUACUUUGCAUUAGUACUCUUGGCUUAUACAACAUAUUCCAGUGGAACCCUCAAGUUUAUCAAGCUCUUUCACCAUAUUACAUGUACAAGUUCCUGAAGAAGACGAGGAAAAGUGGCUGGAUGUCUUUGGGUGGAAUUUUGUUGUGCAUAACAGGUUCAGAGGCAAUGUUUGCUGAUCUUGGCCAUUUCACAUACACUGCGAUCCAGGUUGCUUUCACUUUUCUGGUUUAUCCUGCUCUGAUUUUAGCAUACAUGGGUCAGGCUGCUUACUUGUCAAAGCAUCACAAUAUGGACACUAGCUAUCAGAUUGGCUUUUACGGCUCAGUUCCAGAAAGUGUGAGGUGGCCAGUGCUUGUAGUAGCCAUUCUUGCUUCUGUGGUGGGAAGCCAAGCAAUCAUAAGCGGAACAUUCUCUAUCAUCAACCAGAGCCAGUCACUAUGCUGCUUCCCAAGGGUGAAGGUUGUUCACACCUCUGAUAAGAUACAUGGCCAAAUCUACAUCCCUGAGAUCAACUGGGUUCUCAUGAUCCUCUGUGUUGCUGUCACCAUUGGAUUUAGAGACACAAAACACAUGGGAAAUGCAUCAGGUUUGGCAGUGAUGACAGUGAUGCUAGUGACCACAUGCCUCACUUCUUUGGUGAUUAUACUCUGUUGGCACAAACCCCCUAUUAUAGCUCUUGCAUUCCUGCUUUUCUUUGGCACUAUUGAAGCUCUCUACUUCUCAGCUUCACUCGUGAAGUUCCUUGAGGGGGCCUGGCUCCCUAUCCUGCUGGCCCUAAUCCUAAUGACAAUUAUGUUUGUUUGGCAUUAUGCCACCAUCAAGAAAUAUGAGUUUGAUCUCCAGAACAAGGUCUCCUUAGAAUGGCUCCUAGCCCUGGGUCCCAGCUUGGGCAUUGCUCGAGUCCCUGGAGUCGGCCUAGUGUACACUGACCUCACUUCUGGAAUACCUGCAAAUUUCUCCCGCUUUGUCACCAACCUCCCUGCCUUCCACCGUAUUCUUGUCUUCGUUUGUGUCAAAUCUGUAACUGUUCCUUAUGUGCCCCCAGCAGAGCGUUAUCUUGUGGGUCGUGUGGGUCCUCCAGCUCAUAGGUCCUACAGGUGCAUUGUUCGUUAUGGAUACAGAGAUGUUCACCAGGACAUUGAUUCAUUUGAAUCCGAGCUCAUAGAUAAGUUGGCUGAUUUCAUCCGUUACGAUUGUGAUCGAACCAAUGCAACUAGUUCAUGUAGAGAAGAUGAUGGACCACAAUCUGGUGACUCUACUGGAGAGUGUAGGUUAACAGUCAUUGGCACAGUGGCAUUCUCAGGCCAACCAGCUUAUGAGGGAGAUGAAAUUGUGAAGCCAGAAAGCAUAUCGAUUGGGUUCCAAACAGUAGAGAGUGUGACAGAUAUCAUAGAAAUGGAACCCGUUCAUGUUGAGAGAAGGGUAAGGUUUGCUUUCGAUGAUUCUGAAAUCAAUAUGUGCUCUGAGAUGGAUAUGCAAGUGCAGGAAAAGCGGGAAGAGCUGGAAGAGUUGUGGGCAGCUAAAGAAGCAGGGACAGCAUUCAUACUUGGGAACUCUCAUGUAAAAGCAAAGCGAGGAUCAUCACUGCUGAAGAGAGCAGCAAUUGACCUGGGAUACAAUUUCCUAAGAAGGAAUUGCCGAGGACCAGAUGUGGCACUCAAGGUGCCACCAGCAUCUCUUCUCGAGGUUGGGGUGGUGUACGUCGUGUGAACUACUGUCAUGUAUUUAACUAAUUUCCAGGCUUCCAAGCACGGUGAAUGGAAUCAUGAUCAAAUUGUUACACAAUAUAUAAUCCUCUUACUAUUGUUGUACAUGUUUGAAUACAAGUUUACAGCUGCAGAGACUGUUAAGACAUGGAAAAAAAGGUCUUCUGUUUGCAAA